GGGCCCGCCCCGCCGCGCGAGCGAGCGGCCGCGCGCCGAGGCGGAGGCCGGCGCUGAGGCGAGGGGCUCGGGCCGCCCCCCCCCCUCCAUCGCCAGUGUCGGCGGCGGCGGGAUGGCGGCGGCGGCGGCGGCGGCCGGCGCGUUGGGCUCGGGCCCCGCCGCGGGGCCCCCGGUGGUGGCCGGCGGAGCGUCGUCGGCGUCGUCGUCGGCGAUGGCGGUGGCCGGUCCCGGGCCGGUCCCGGUGCCCAUGAACCUUUUUGCGACGUGGGAGAUCGACCGUUCGGCGCCGAGCUGCGUGCCCAGGCUCUGCAGUCUGCGCCUGAAGAAACUCACGGUCCUGAAAGAGCUGGACAAAGAGCUGAGCUCUGUGCUUAUCGCUGUGAAGAUUCAGGGUUCAAAGCGAGUCCUGAGAUCAAAUGAAUACGUCCUCCCGCCUGGUGGCCUGAUGGAGACCGAGCUGGAGCUGACCUUCUCACUGCAGUACCCACACUUCCUCAAGAGAGAUGGCAACAAACUACAGAUCAUGCUGCAGCGGAGGAAGAGAUACAAGAACCGCACGAUCCUGGGCUACAAGACCCUUGCAGUGGGCAUCAUUAACAUGGCUGAGGUAAUGCAGCACCCGACGGAUGGAGGACAGCUUCUAGGCCUCCACAGCAACAUGAAGGACGUGAACAUCCGAGUGGCUGAAAUCAGCAUCUACUCUUUGUCCAGUCAGCCCAUUGACCAUGAGGAUGGGAGUGUCCCCUCAGGUCCUAAAAUAAAAGCUUCAGAUCGCUCCCCAGACAUUGAUAACUACUCUGAAGAAGAAGAUGACAGCUUCUCCUCAGAGCAGGAAGCCAGUGAUGAUGCUGUGCAGGGUCAGGAUCUGUUUGAUGAAGAGGAUGACUUGAGGAAAACCAAGAAGGCUAGGAGGAAAAUGAUCCGAACCACAUCAAUGACCAGACAACCAAACUUCAAGCAGAAAUUUGUGGCUUUGCUGAAGAGGUUUAAAGUGACGGAGGAGGUCCUGGACUCUGACCCUGUAGACCAGACCCAGGAGGUGGAGGAAGACCUGGGCUUGCUCUAUGACAGCCUGGAAGAAUGCAACAACAGUGACAGCGGCCCAGAGAUUGAGGACAAUGAGAGUGUGCACAGCACACCCAAGCCCACCCUGAGGCGUUUCUUUGAGGGAGUCUCUCAUUCUGGUUCCCAGACUGAGAUCGGCAGUCUGCACAGCCAGAAAGGGCAGGAUCAAGAGUCGGGCAGCCCUGGCGAGGCAGACAAGCGGAAACCAGGAGCGCUGCGACCACAGGAAGAGCCAGGAGUGGAGGUCCCUGCAGUGGAGCUGGCCGCAGAGGAGCCAUGUUCACGGCUGGCCCCCGCAGAGGCUGCUACGAGGGAGGGUAGUGUGGACAGACUGGCCCAGCUGGGUCCCGGGACCAAAGCCGAGCUCCCCAGUGCCGUGUCCCCCAGCAAGGCAGAGAGCAAGCAGUUGUGGCGUCCCCGCAGCACCUCUGUGAAGGAUCGGCAGAGCUCAAAGGGACAGGGUGGUCGCGCCAGCAGUCUGGACAGUGAGAGCUCUCCAGACUCAUGGCACAGCACCCAGGUGCCCCGAAAGUCUGUUUACGAUCAGCUGAACCAGAUCCUGGUCUCAGACGAGCAGCUCCCUGAGAGCAUUGUGCUGGUGAAUGUCGCUGAGUGGCAGGGGCAGUACGUGAGUGAGCAGCUCCAGGCGCACAAGCAGUUGGUCGUAUCCACCUGCUCCGUGGCGGACAUCCAGGCAGCCUUCAACACCACUGUCUCCCGCAUCCAGCGAUACUGUAACUGUAACUCCCACAUGCCUCCCCCAGUGAAGGUGGUGGUGGCGGGGGACCAGAGCUACCUGAGCGUUGUCCUCCGCUUCUUUGUGGAGCAGCUGGCCAGCAAGACACCCGACUGGCUCAACUACCUUCGCUUCCUGCUUGUGCCACUGGGCUCUCACCCUCUUGCCAAGUACCUGGCCUCGGUGGAUAACAAAUACAGCACUCUCUUCCUGGACACGGCGUGGCGGGAGCUGUUCAGCAGGGCUGAGCCACCCAUCGCAGACACUGUGGACAUUGCAGGCCGCGUCGCCCAGUUCAUCGCUGGAGCCAGCCUCUCUCACCAGCUCCCUAUCUCUGAGGCCAUGCUGACGUACAAGCAGAAGAGGAAGAGAAGUCUCUAUUUUGAUUUUUAUAUCAGCCCCGAUGAGGACUCCUGCCAGAAGUUUGUACCCUUUGUGGGGGUGGUGAAGGUGGGCCUGGUGGAGCAGUCCUUCAGUGCCUCCGUGGACUCGGAUGAUGCCACAGUCUGCACCCCGUCCCUGCUGAGCUCAGUGCCAGCCACCGGUGGAGCGUCCCCCUACGGCAAAGAGACUGUGAGCACCCCGCCGCCCUCCCCGUCAGUCAGCAGUGGCCUCUCGGGUGCUGGGUCUCUGAGCCCUGGUGUGGAGGUGAUGGGCCUGCAGGUGGACUACUGGACAACACAAGGGCUGGACAGGAAGAAGGAGGGCGAGAAGCGGGAGACGGGUAUCAAGAACACACUGAAGAGCAACUUCCGCUCACUCCAGGUCAGCCGCAUCCCUGGCACAGGGGAGCUGGUGCCCCCUAGCACCAUGGCCAUGACCGUGGUCACCAAGGAGAAAAACAAGAAAGUGAUGUUUCUGAGCAAGAAACCAAAAGAGAAGGACCUGGAGCCCAAAAGCCAAGUCAUCGAAGGGAUCACACGCCUCAUCUGCACAGCCAAGCACCAGAACACCAUGUUGCGAGUCUCCAUAGAUGGGGUGGAGUGGAACGAUGUGAAGUUUUUCCAGCUGGCAGCACAGUGGCCAACGCACGUCAAGUACCUCCCUGUGGGCAUUUUUGGCUAUUCAAAGAGUGUGUGAGACGCGGGGGCAGCCCUGGGAUGGAGCUGCGGAGGGGGUCGCAGGAAGAGACAGGGAGACGGAGAGAUGGACAUGCUCUUGUCCCCUCUCUUCUGCGGCCCAUCCCCUGCCUGCCAUGCAGAGGGAGAUACCACACCCGCACAGCUCCCUGGGGGCCAAGACCCGUGAAGGUGAGGCCAGUGAGACCGGGUCCAUGCACCCUCCAACACCAGCCAGGGCACCAUGCCAUCUGCCUCCCAUGACCCCCAACAGCAGCCUGGGAGAAGGUUUGGCACCAGCCAGCAGGGACCCGGAAAGGGCUCCGGGCCCUGCUCUCCCCAGAUGCGCCUGCUGCCAGGCCAACUCCCCAGCCAGCCGGGGCCCCACCUGGGCUGGGCCCAGGCGGGAUCCCCAGCGCUGGAGCCAGCAGGAUGGCUCGUGGUGGGGGGCAGGCGGGGAGCAGGGCCCACCAACCCUGCGCCGCCCCUCGCCAGCCCCACUGCCAGCCUUGCGCUGCUGUGCCUGGCCCUGCCCUGCGGGGCUGAGCCUCAGCAGCUUUUCUAGUCCCCCUGCUGCUGAGGCUGGCCUAGCGCUGCUGAGGCUGUCCCCCCUCAUCUCCCCAUCCCUUCCCGACCAGCCCUGCCCCACGGUGCUGCCAGCUGGAGGUGUGGCAUUGGGGCACCUGGGUUUUUUUUUUACAAGAUUCUAUUUUUUUUAAAUUUAUUGUACGGUUACUUUUCGGGAUUAAUUUUAAUAAAUUAAUGCUGGUACCAUUA